GGCGGCAAGAACGCCGCGCGGCAGAGAGGCCACAUCGGUUGUGUGCGCGGCGGCCGCCGCCGAGUCACGUGACAGCGCUGAUCUCGCCUUGUCUCGAACUGCGCGAGCAUAGGCGCGACAUCGCCGUUGUCGCGCGCUUUUUCCUUGCUCGGAGCAGGCCAGCUCCUCGUCCCUCGUUAUCUACCGCGCUGAUCGCGUUGAUUCCUGCAAUGGCAGAUGCAGACGACGAUGUUCUGACGACGAUGAGCGUUUUGGUCAUUGUGUGUUCUCUGCUGUUGCGACGGCGGCGCGCGCAAAAGGCACGCAGACGAAGGUUUUGGGUGCACCCCUGCUGGCGCUACCGAGACGUUGAGGGGCAAGCGAAUGUUUUGCUUCCCCGGCUGCGCGCCCGAGAUGAAGGCUUCUUCCGAGACUUCCUUCGGAUGCCGCCGAGCUCGUUCGACACACUGCUCCACCUAGUUCGGCCUGUGAUUGAGCGGCAGGACACUCCGUUCAGGCAGUCGAUAUCCGCACACGAUCGACUUGCCAUGACAGUAAGAUUUCUCGCAAACGGCGACACAAUGAGAAGUUUGUCGUUCAACUUCCUGACAGGACGGUCAACGGCUGGAAUGAUCGUAAGAGAAACUUGUGCUGCAUUAUGGGAAAUACUUCAGCCAAUAUAUGUAAGAUUUCCACAAACAGCAGAAGAAUGGAAAAAAAUUGCCACAGACAUGCUUGUCGACUGGAAUUUUCCCAACUGCAUUGGAUGUAUUGAUGGAAAACAUGUGAGCAUUGAAUGUCCUGCAAAUUCAGGGUCACGAAACUUGAAUUACAAGAAGUCGUUCAGCACAGUCCUCAUGGCAACAUGCGAUGCCCAUUAUAGAUUUGUGUAUGUGGACGUUGGCCACUACGGGGGAGAAAGCGAUGGAGGAGUUUUCUUAAGAACGAAGUUGAUGCGCAUAUUGGGCGAGCGCAGAUUUGGGAUCCCCCCAGCAGCAACAGUUGGCUCAGCGGGACUGAUACCAUACUUGAUGGUGGGCGACGAGGCCUUUCCAUUGAAGCCUUACCUCAUGCGGCCUUAUCCUCGACGUGCUCUUCAUGCUUACAGGGUCAGCCAGUAUAGCGAGUACUUGAAGAGGGCAGUGUUCAAUUACCGGCUGAGUCGUGCAAGGAGGCUCAUAGAAAACAGUUUUGGUAUCCUGGCUAGUAGGUGGCGAAUACUGAAGAGACCUUUUCGAGCGUCGGAAGAAACCACUGAGAACAUUGUAAGGGCAUGUGUGGCGCUUCACAAUUUUCUGAUGAAAGAUUCGGUGUUCGCAAGGACAACGUACAACCCUCCUGGAUUUGUUGACCACGAAGACUGGGAGGGAAAUGUCACAAAUGGGGCAUGGAGGAACGACAGUAGUGCCCUUCCUGGAUGGACAGACCAGGGGUACCACUCUGCUCGGGCUGCAUUGGAAGUAAGGGAUAGACUGGCAUCCUACUUCAUGAGUGACGGCCAGGUGCCAUGGCAGGAAAGUGUCGUGACCCGUGCAGGACGGCAGGAAAUGUGAACCAUGCCAGUACCUAGAGGAACGUCCAUUGGCUGCUCGCCUUUUGGCAGACCUGCAGGACAGGCCACAUCAUUACAUUCAAGAAAUGCACUGGAAAAGUAUGUCUGCUUCCAAUCAAAGAAAGUGCGCACAGCUUUCUUACCCUGGAUCUGGGGCAGCGGCUCCUGCUUGUGAAGUUGACAACCUGCCUCAAAAAAAUGUUUGUUAUGGUGUCAUAUUCCGACACAAGGAAGUGAACACUAACUUACCCUGAAGAGCCAGCAGCAGAUGCCGCACCUUCUGAUGUGCUGGGGAGCCUAUAGAAAAAAUAAAUAUGUUGCAAUUUA